CGUUUAUGACAGAAGUAUAAAAAGUGGCCUGGCGUUGUGGGAGGCCACAAGCAGCUCGUCCUGUUCUGGACGCUCGCAGCGACCGCGGCAGUUUAAGAGGGGGAAUCGGUUGCCUUGGGCCUCAUCGGGGGGCAAGGGAGCCACUCUGCCACUGCCACCUGAGCCUCAACCGAACCGUCGCCCUCCUUACAUCCCCACGCUGCGGAGAUGGCUUUUAAAGUCAAGCUUGCCAGAAGAAUGUUGAUGUGCACUCCUGUGAUCCUCUGUUUAAUGGGUUUUAUAAAAGCCUCAUUGAGAGAGAUGAACGAUCCUGCUUCACACUGCCACAUCAAAGACGAGGGUCGAACUGCAGACUGUUCACAUCGUGGGCUGACACACGUGCCUCGGGGUCUCUCAGCUGAUAUCACUCGUCUCGACUUGUCCUACAACAACAUAAAGGCUCUUGAAGUCGGGGAUUUCUCCAGUACCCCAAACCUGCAAGUACUCACCUUGGCCUUUAACCACAUUCAGAAGAUACAUCCCCAAGCAAUGGCCACCCUCAAACGUUUAUAUUACCUGGAUCUCUGCCAGAACAAUCUCUCAGAGAAGCCUGGAGAGGCUCUUGGUAGCCUCCCAAACCUGCAAGUUCUCAAUAUCUCCAUGAACAACUACACCUCAUUUGCUUUGGGAGUGGACUUCUCCAGAAUGUCGAACUUACGAGACCUCACCAUCGGAACGUCAAAAACCACAACACUAAAUGCGUCUGACUUCCAAGCACUGGAAAGCGUCCCCCUAAAAUACUUGAACUUGAACACUGGUUCACCUCUUUGGGUUUACGAGACUGGGGCUCUUACCCACUUGCGAUCUCUGGAAAAACUUAACACGAACGUCUCUGUUGACAAGGACCCACUCGUUUUAUCAAAAAUGUUGACAGACCUGAAUAAUACAAACAUUUCUGAGCUUGAAAUAUUUAGAAUUUUGAACAAUCCUCUCAAAAACGCAUCUAUUGAUUUCUUCAAAGGGCUUGGAUCAAGUAAUUUACUAAAAAAUAUGACGCUAAUUGAAGCAAACUUUACUGAUAAAGAAGUAAGUAACUUGCUCAAAAAUAUAUAUUUAUCAGAGUUGACAAUGCUUGUAUUUAAAAAUUCUUCUUACACUGACCACUAUCCUGUAAUAUUUAACGGUGUAAAAAAUGUAACAAAAAGGUCAUCUCUCAAGAAAAUAGUGAUAGAUUCAAUAUUUCAUCUAAAUAUGACGUACCCUAUUUUUAUAGUAAAUAUGACACUCUUUCCAAAUAUAUCGCAACUAAAGAUAUCCAACACGGGCAUGAACAAAGUAGACUGCUUUUUCAUGAAGAUGAAAGCCAUUAAGCAGCUAGAUUUCUCCAGAAAUCUUCUCAAUGAGGGUGGCCUCUGGUGGGACUCCUGUAAUUACACGGUGAUCCUUCCUGAAGCCACUGAACUGAUCAUAAGUCACAACUAUUUCAAAGACCUCAAGAAAAUAUCAGAAAUGGUGUCCCUCAUGCCUCGCAUUAAUUCACUGGACGUGAGUUACAAUGGCAUUAAUUACAUCGAAGAGUGUAGGUGGCCAUCCUCUCUCGAGAGGUUGAUCCUUCGUAACAAUGAAAUCAGUAAAGAGUCUGUAAUCUGCACUUCUGCCAACCUCAAGUUUUUAGACCUCUCCUACACAAGAUUGGAGAGCUUUCCCAAUUACAUCUUGACCAAUGCAACAUCUCUGCAGGAGCUCCAUCUCACUGGGAAUCUCAUAAAAUAUAUUUCUUCUGAUGUAAAAUCUCAAUCUCUUCAGGUACUAUAUGUGGACUAUAAUGCUGUGGGCAUCAUUGGUCAAGGCACAUUCCAGCACCUCCAGAAAAUCAAGUCAAUUACCCUUGGAAACAAUCCGUUUUACUGCAUGUGUGACCUUUACUGGUUCCGGCAACAUUUUAAUAAGACACUUCUAAAUGGCUGGCCAAACGAUUACACAUGCAGCUACCCAGAAUAUUUGUCUGGUAAGGAAAUGGAUUACUUCAACCCUAAUAUCUUAAACUGCGACAGAAUAAUUGCAAUUUCUGUCAGUGUUGUUGUUACAGUGGUCGUCAUAGCCCUUGUCAUCGGCAUUGGACAUUAUUUUGAUGCCAUAUGGUACAUACGCAUGGGUUUUAUUUGGGUGUCUGCAAAGAGAAGGAGAUACAAAAUAAUUUCAGGAGAAGAGGAUCUCCCUUUCCAGUAUCACGCGUUCAUCUCUUACAGCCACCUGGAUUCCGAGUGGGUACAGAACACGUUGGUCCCGACACUUGAGCAUUCGAACCCUGACCUGCGGCUGUGCAUCCACGAGCGAGACUUCACACCUGGACAUUGGAUCGUAGACAACAUCAUUCAGUGCAUCGAGAAGUCGUCCAAGACCCUGUUCGUCCUCUCCAGGAACUUUGUGAACAGCGAGUGGUGCCACUACGAACUAUACUUUGCACAGCACCGCAUGGUGGAGGAGAACCAAGACUCGCUCGUUCUGCUGCUGCUCGAGCCACUGCCCAAGGGCUCGCUGCCAAGCAAGUUUUGCAAACUCCGCCGCCUCCUGAGCAACAAGACCUAUCUGGAGUGGCCGACGGAGGAGAGAAAACGCGCCGUCUUCUGGACCAGCCUCAACGCUGUGCUGCAGUCGAGACCACCACCACAUUCCGAUUUAGGCUCCUAGAAAAAGGGGGGUGGCUAUAUUGCUCCGAUGUCACUUGAAUGGGUAUGAUUUCCCCCAGUAUAUUCUCUAUUUAGUUUGUAAUUAUAUGUAUACAACCUACUAUUGCAUAGCUUUUUAAAAUUAAUAUUCAUAUAUUUGUAAUGAUUCAUAACAUUUUCCAUGUAAAUAUCUCAAUAUUUCUGCCAUGAGGUCGGUCUGAAUUUUGAUACAGGCAGACCUCCCCAAACGCGGGGGUUAAAUUCCUGGAAAAUUGAAUGUUGGGUAUUAUUGCGUUUAUAGACCUUUUGGGGAAAAUAGGGUUGCGUCUGAAAUUGUUUAACUACUUCGACAAGAUUACCAUCCAUUUUAUUGUACUAAAUGAUGAUGAUUAGCUCUCCAUUUCUUGUCUAUGUGUGUGUAAACUUUAUUUUUCAAUUUCACCUCAACACAAACCGCCCAUCUCCAUUUAUCUUUCCGUACCGCGGCACUAAUGACACUGAAUUGUCAGCCAAAAUGCUCGCCUUUAACACUAUCUCUGCCUGGUGCUUUUUCUGGUCUCAGACUCUGGAUCACCUUCCGUACUUCCUAAACAAAUGGCACUUCAGCCAGCCAAUCACAGGGGGUGACUACUUCUUCCAAUAUUUGAGGCACCGCAGCCUCAGGAGGGUCAUCCCACUUUGCCACAUGAUGUUUUCCCGGCUGAGGGAUUCCCCCUCUCUCAAGAUCUCACAAAAAUGCUCAGCAAAUCUGCAAACUUGUUCUUGGGGUUGGAGAUUUGAUCACCUUUCUUUUUCCUAAUGAUGGUGAUAGUUUUAGCACUGCAAGUUACUUUUUGAUGGAGUUAAAGAGUGAUGUGUUAUCGCGGGCUACUUAGGCAGAUUCCAUCUCAUUAGCGACCCGCGACCACCACCCAUCCUUGUAACGUUGCACGGCUCUCUGAACCUCCCGAGUAUAGGCUGCUGUAAGCCUCAUUCUCUGACGUGGGAUGCUGUAGAUUGUGAGAGUGGUCCUGUCGCUUUUUCUCAGCCAGCUGGAACACCUCCUCUGUCAGCCAGGGUCUCUGGGGAGGUUUGGACCAUGCACCCAAAUCAGUCAUUGCAGCUGCAUGAGCCACGGUCCUAAACCUCACCUUUUUUCCUCGGCAUCAGGAGGAGUGGGGGAGGAUGCAAACCCCAGCUGCAAGUGAUGAUAAAAUUCUCACAA